CGGCGGGCCCUCGGACGCCGAGCCUCCAUCCUGGCACUUUCCUUCAUCCUGGUAACUCACAAGUUCCCGGACCAAAAACAGGAAGUGCAGGAUGAGCUCAGCGGCAGAGGACGAGGAGGCUGCAGCGUUAGAGACCGUCAAGUCCGUCACCCUCACCCAGGACAGUGAUGGGAGCAUCAUACUGCACUGUCCUCCCAGCGACGGGGACUCGGAGCCUCUUCAGAAGAAGCUGCGUCUCUCAACAGACCAGGAACAGGAAGACUCAGACACACCUCAGUUCUCUGUGGUCACUUUACCCAUGUCGGAGAGCGACGAAGGCUUCGAGGUGACGAUGACGGCCACAGCAGACGGAGAUCUGUCCGAGGAUGGCGUCGCUCAGAUUCAGAUCCUGCAGGAGGACGAGGACUCGCUCUCGCCCAAUCAGAAGACAGAGGUGUCACCUGUCAGUCAGGCCUGGUUCACCACAAAAGAAGACAAAGACACACUGGCCAACAAAGGUCAUAAGUGGAAACAGGGGAUGUGGUCUAAAGAGGAGAUCGACCUUCUGAUGAGCAACAUCGAUCGAUACGUGAAGGACCGAGGCAUCGAGGACCCGGCUGAGAUCAUCUUUGAGAUGUCCAAAGAGGAGAGGAAGGAUUUCUACCGCUCUGUGGCGCUGGGCUUGAACCGGCCGCUGUUCGCCGUCUACAGACGAGUCCUGCGGAUGUACGACAACCGUAACCACGUCGGCAAGUACACUCCUGACGAGAUCGAGAAGCUGAAAUCGUUGAGGGAGAAACACGGGAACGACUGGGCCACCAUCGGCGCAGCUCUGGGCCGCAGCGCGUCCUCUGUCAAAGACCGCUGCCGACUGAUGAAGGACACAUGCAACACAGGUAAAUGGAGCGAGGAGGAGGAGCGGCGUCUCGCUGAGGUCGUGUACGAGAUGGCGGGUGUGUCGCCGGGGUCGGCGGUCACCGGAGGCGUGUCCUGGGCGUCGGUCGCCGAUCAGGUUCGCACACGCUCAGAGAAACAGUGUCGGUCGAAGUGGCUGAAUUACCUGAACUGGAAACACAGCGGAGGGACGGAGUGGAUGAAGGAGGACGACCUGAACCUCAUACGCAGGAUAUCGGAGCUGGAGGUCGAGGACGAGAAUGAAAUCAAGUGGGAGGAUCUCGCCGGCGGGUGGAGCAGCGUCCGAUCGCCUCAGUGGCUGCGAUCCAAGUGGUGGAGCAUCAAGAGACAAGUAGCCAAUCACAAGGAGAUCCCCUUCAGCGUCCUCCUGAAGGGCCUCCAGGAGCUGAUGGCGUCCUCAGGAUCGGUCCCGGGGAGCCCCACCUCCUCCUCCUCGUCCUCGCUCCAGAUCCGACUCACCCGAUUGGAGGAGAGCGGCGGCAGCCCCGUCCCCAGCUCUGUGGCGGCGCUGCAGAUUCCCGUACAGAUCCCGCUGCAGAUCACACACCUGGCCUCAGAUUCUUCAGCUGCCGCCAGCGACAGUGAGACCAUCACUCUGAACACGGGAGCGCUGCAGACCUUCGAGAUCCUGCCUUCCUUCCACCUGCAGCCCACCGGCACCCCGGGGACCUACUACCUCCAGACAACGUCCAAUCAGGGCCUGCCGCUCAGCCUCUCCACCAAUCAGGGCCUUCCGCUAAGUCUGGCCAAUAACGGCACGGUCACCCUGACGACAGGCUCGUCUCCGUCGUCACACGAACACAUCAUCCUGCACAGCCUGUCGACGGACGGCCUCUGCUCCAGCGACGGCGUCAUCAUCCAGACGGUCACCUCUGACCCCGCCUCCUCCGACCCUCUCAGCCAAGAUAAUCUGGUCGUGGAGACGGAGGGGCGGAGCCAGGACGACCAUCUUGAUGCCACGAGUCUCCUGGAGGGUUCCGAGAGCGUUGUCACGGAAACUCAGGAGCCAAUGACAGAUGGCUUCACUGACAAGGAGCUGAGUUCCCCCUCUGUUGAGGGUCCAGUGGUGCAUUCUGGGAUAACGUCUGGCAGUGCCGUGCUGAUUGUGUCUCCUCCCAACAUCAGCAGCACACUGACAGAUCCGAUCUUGGAGAACCAGGACGGCUCCGACUGAGCAGGACUUUUAUUGUGACAUCCCUGUGAUUAAAUGGACUCUACAAGACGAGCCUGUUGACCCGGGUGAAGACCGACUGUAGCUGCCUCACAGGACGACGACAACAACAGACACAGCAGCUGUCUGUCUGUUGAACUGUGACGCUCCUGUUAAAACCAGGAUGUGAAUUCUUUUAAAACAGACUGAAUGAAACAGAAGUUCUGACUCCGACUGACGCUUCAGUCUGAACCCUGGAUGAAAUGUGAACGCUGUGCAGCGCUCGCCGUCACUGUCGACCUCACGGCGCCAAAGAGACUCCAAAGGUUGUGAUGGAGGGAAACCUGGGCACUGACCUUUUAAAAACAUUAAUACGUACUUAUAAUUAUGUGAAGAUGAAGAAGUUUUUAGUGGCAACUUGAACGAUGAAUAAAUCCCGUCCAGAGCGACGUCUUGUAUUUUAAAGUGGAUCUCUGGGUGUUUUCGACUUCCUCACAGCGUCUCAUUUCUCGCCUGUUUGAUCACCAGUAGAAAAAGCAAAGGAGGCGUUCAGGGUACAUAAUUAUUUAUUCCAUAAAAUAUUAAAUAAAAAAGAAACACCUGGCUUUGACAGUCCUACAGUCAUGGCGAGGUCGGCUCCCUCUCCCGGACGUUUCUCGACUCCGUGUGACUCAGAACAUCUGUAAACAAAGCUGUUUACACUUUAAAGCUGCAACUUGCCUCAUGUUUUAUAUUAAAGGACAAACCUGGUGAUAUUUUAUAUUUUUAUUUUU